UUCAAGUAUCUUUGUCAACUAUUAAUAUUAGAAUUCAAGCAUCUUUGCCAACUAUUGACUUUGGAGUUCAAGUAUCUUUGCCAACCAUUAACUUUGAAGUUCAAGUAUCUUUGCCAGAUCUAAAAUAUAAAAUUCUUUUAGAACAAAUUA